GUUUCACUUUUUGAACCUUGAAUUCAAACGAAAUAUUAUUAUUGCUUACAACACACCCAAAUAAUCCCAAAAAUGAGACUAUAUAUUGUGGUUUUUGUCCCCAUCCUUAUGGGACUGGCAUUCACAAGUCCGCUUGAAGAUUUCAUGGGUUAUUUGAAGGACUUUCAGCCCUUGGAGAAAAUAAAUACCCCGGAUGGGAGCUCGCACAAGAUCAAUGAAACUAAUUCCAUGCUGAACAAUUCACAAUUAAUGGAUGAGCCGAAACCUACGCACAUCGUCCACAUCCAUCCCCUCAAGCAUCCGCUGAAGACCUACCUCAAGCGUAUUCAGCAAAAUAUUGAAGAGAAACUGCAGAAGGAAAUGCUGCCCAAUAACAACAAGCCCCAGCAAGUGUCCCUGCCUCCCCUUUUUGUUGUUGACAUGAUACAGCCCGUCGUUACCUAUGAACCCAACAAGACAAUCAACAAGGUCACUGCUGACAAUGUCAGCAGUCUGUCUCCCAAAUUAAGCUACAUUCGUCUGAUGCGCGUUUUGAUUGAACAUAUCUGGUUGACUGCUUCUGAAACACCAAAAGAAGCCGCUGCUGCAUCCACAAAGGAAACUCCAAAAUUGACCAACAACACGAUAAUGUGAGGAGAGUUCGAUGAGGUGUGGUUGGAGAGUACAUGAGGAGGAUUUUGGCGAUAUUUAUAUAUGGAAAAUACACUUUAUUCUAUUUCAUAUUUCAGUUUGGAGUACGGAGUAGCAAAAGAAAAUGAUUGAGAAGAAGAAAAGAUUGAAACGGAAGGGAAACAGAAGAACCAAAAAAACCAAAAUUAUAAAUUUCAAAUUCAGUUCACAGUGGAGAAAGAAGAGUAUUAAAAAUAGCUUCAAAUAAAAAUAAAACAUAAAUUUA